AUGCAAUACGUACGCAGCAGCUUCAAGAUUGCGGUAUGGACGGUACCUGGUGCCCGGAUGUGCCAGAUUUACGACUGCCCUGCCUGCAUCCGCACCCGUCCUCGACAUGGACCGUCUAUAGUGGCCGGCGAGUUCUGGAAGCGUGGGAGCGGCUACCUGCGUGCGUUGCAAAUAGCACACAUAGCACACGGCACGCAGUGCAUAAUAGCCACACCCCCGGCGGCGGCGGCGGCGCUGGCGGCGGUGGGCGUGGAUGGAUGGCGGCGCCGGCGGCGGGGCGUGUGGAUAUGGAAACAGAGCCAAGGCUUCUGGCAGGCAAAGGGCAGGGAAAGGGGCUGCUUGAUCAAAGCCGAAAGGGAGGAGCAAAACAGGGCAGCCAGAAAACGGAGCCAAGGGGGUGGGUUCCAAGGAGGCUCAAAGAUCUCUCUGAUGGGGGAAGGAGGCCGAGAUUUCUGCAGCAGCACCGAGAAGCCAAGGGUCCAGGGCAGGGCCAUGUGGCAGGAACUGGAAACAGCGAAAGCAUCAACAGCACCAUCGGAACCUGAGCCGGAGCUCUCCGCAGGUUAA